CUUAAAAAAAACCAAAGAGAGGAACAAAAAAGUCUUAUUUGCUGUUUUGUCUCUCUUUCUCAAAUCUCUCGUGUUGUGAUAUCUCUCUUUAAUACAUUCAAACUUUUCGUCCUCUUCCUCUUCUUCACUCCGAGAAGAACAACAAAUCCAAUAAAGCUCCAAGAUACCAUUAAUGGCGUUGAUGAGUUCAAGAGCAACAACAACACAAGACAACUGCAUUAUGGUUCCUAGCAGAUUAAAUCACCACCACCAGUUAGACUCAAAACCCUCCGGCGACCGGAGAGUCUCCGUGGUUUAUUAUCUCAGCCGUAAUGGUCAAUUCGAUCACCCACAUUUCAUUGAAGUACCUCUCUCUUCUCAAAACGGUCUCUAUCUCAAAGAUGUGAUCAAUCGAUUGAACGAGCUACGAGGCAAAGGAAUGGCUUGUCUCUACUCUUGGUCCUCAAAACGAACUUACAAGAACGGGUUCGUAUGGCACGAUUUAUCUGAAGAAGAUUUCAUUUUUCCUGUUCAUGGCAAAGAAUAUGUACUCAAAGGCUCUCAAAUUCUCGACCUUGAUGACAAAUCCGGUAAAGAAUCUAACAUCUCCGCCGUCGUCACUCACCGGCGUAACCAGUCUUGGAGCUCUAAUGAUCAGUACAAAGUCUACAAAUCGUCAGCUGAGUCAUCGAGUCGUAAGCUCGCGACGGAUGCUUCCACUCAGACCGACAAUCAUCGGCGGAGGAAACAUAUAGCGAAAGAAGAGGUGGAAGAAGUGAAUGAGAUCACUGAGCUGAGCAGAGAAGAGAUUACUUCACCUCCACCGUCAGAUUCAAGUCCAGAAACGUUAGAAUCAUUGAUGAAAGCAGAUGGACGGUUGAUGAUGCGUCAAGAAGAUCGAACGGUUGAGAAGAUACGACCAUCUGCUGUCCUGAUGCAACUGAUAUCGUGCGGUGCGAUGUCAUUUAAGAAAUGUGCGCCGACGCUAUUGACUGGGAGCACGAGGUGUACGGUGGAACGUGGAACAGGGAAUUAUAGGCUGGAGAGGGCAGAGAAGGAGUUAAGGAGUUUUGGAAGGGUAAAAUUGGAAGAGAAAGAGUAUUUUAGUGGUAGCUUGAUUGAUGAGAGUAAGAAAGAAGUUGUUCCUGCUUUGAUGAGGUCUUCUUCUUACAAUACUGAUAGGAGUUUAAGGAUGAGGAUGACGAAGGAUAAAGAUGAGGAAGAGGUGGCUCGGGCUAACUUGGUUCCGAGAAACACAAAGUUCAUGGUGGAUCAUAACAAAGCCAAAGCCGAAGCAAGUGUUUGAUACAAACAUUACUAGAAUAUAGCAAAAUGGCAUAGAGGUGUUUUUUUCUUUAUAUAUAUAUAUUUUUGGGUGAGUAAAGAAAUACAAAGUAUGAAUGUUACAUGUAAAUAUGUUGUAGUUUGACGUUUGGUGUGUUUAAUAUGAAUUGAUAUGAUUAUUCUUUGGGGAA